AUGGCCAGCACCAGCUUGACCGCGACCUACCUGACGCCGAACCCGAGCUUCAAUUGUGCCUUGUUCUUCCUCCUGUACUUCAACCGCCUUUUCGCGACUCUCCUGUCGUAUGCGAUCCGAGCAUACACCUGGCACUACUACCGCGCGUAUGUCGACAUCAAGGCGCUCCAGGUAUCUUUACUUGGUGGCAGGAUCUUCUUCACGGGCAUCCGGUACCAUGGCGUAAAUGAGACGAUCUUUAUCCAUGGGGGGUUCAUAACAUGGAGGUAUUGGAUGCGCACGGUAGAACGAACGGACUUGUCCGGUAUUAGACGCAAGACAGACGCCCCUGAGCCAUCAGAGAACACAAGGCCUCAUCCUGCGCAUGGCGAGGGAGGCGCUGGCGGCCAGGAUGACAGCCUCGGGGAGGAAGGCGGCGUGGAGAAGACAGCUGAGCUGCCAUGUCGGAUAUCCAUCACGAUGUAUGGGCUCGAAUGGUUUAUCUAUAAUCGGACACCGGCCUACGACAGCAUUCUGACGGGCUUCGGAUAUGUUGCGGAUUUGGACGGUGAUGCUGCCAGCGUACGAGACCCAAUAUCUCCAGGUUUCGCUCCGAUUGUGCCACACGGGCGGACGAACAGCACCUUCAAGACAACCCAUGGGAGCCAAUCACAAAGCAGCGUGGAUGAAAGAGAAGCCUUUGCCGGCCAGGAUCCUGCGGCCCGUCGCAAUACGGAGCUCUCAGAAUCUGUGUCGAAUCUGCUUCAGCUCCUACCGAUCAAACUGGACUGCACUAAGGGCGCUAUUGUGAUUGGGAACGAAAACACCCGCUCCGUAUUGACGACCGCCUUCGAUAGCGCAACAGGUACCAUCGAUGCUUGCAAUGCUGGCCCUCUCGACCUCUACCGGCAAUUGUUCUCGUUCAAAUUCAACCAUCUAGUGGUCCAGAUGCGCCCAAAUCCUGAUUUCAAACAGAAUCAGCUGGUGACUGCGAAGGCAUUAAGCACGGUGCGAGAAGAAGAAGAUGAAGCCACCAACAAACGUUCAACAUUUUUCAAUUAUCCGUUCCAAAGGCGCAAGCUAUGGCAUGGCAUUCGUGACCUGGUACCAUACUUCCAAACGUCUGUGGAGUCAUUUAAUGCUAGCCCUCGCCACGGUGACAGAAUGCCAAGAACCCAGGCGGAAUUUCCUGAAGUGCGUUGGAUGGGCCUGUCUCGAUAUCUGGAUGAGGGUGGCGAGGAUGAACAUGAAAAAUGGAACUCGAUCGAGUACGGCAGGUUCUCCACCAUUAUCGACAGUCCUAGCUUGAGCGUGACCUACUUUUGGGACAUUCCGGGACGGAUUGGACCCGAGCAACCGGCAUCAAUUCAUUGCGGGUUGCUAAGAGACAACGAUAUUAAUCGUGCCCUUCCUCCAGAAUGGGGUGUUGAUGUCAAGGUGGACGGUGGGUCCAUCAACUACGGACCCUGGGCCGACAGGGAACGAGUUGGCUUGCAAAAUGUCUUUGUCCCCAAUUUCUACCGCAGCGCCGAGCCAGCGGAACAGUUGGCCCCCGGAGUUCUACGACAAAGCACAACUUUUAAACUGCGAAUUGAGAUCAGCGAAGAACUGACACUGCGAAUCCCGACCAGAGAGCAAUCCAAGGACUGGCAAUGGAAAGAGCGCGCAGAUGCUAUCAGAGGUAUUUCAAAGGCCAAACAUCAAACCAAAAGAAGAAAAGCACGUCACAAAGAAGCCGAAAAAGGCCAUAUCGCCUCCGACAUCCGCCCCUUUGGGUGGCUUUCUAUUCGCGUAGGACCUGAUUCUACCAUCAAUUACACCAUGGACAUGGUAGCAUCAAGCCUUGGGUUUCGCAAUGAGCUCGCCCUUGAUCUACGAGAGUCAAAAAUGUCUUCCAGCGUGAACCAUGGCUUGUUAUGGCAAUCCCCUCGGCAAUUGAUCAAUUGCGAUCUCUCCAACCCUCUCUGCUGGAACAGUCUCCGGACCUGGAACUUUACUGUCGACAGUCAGCAGAUGGAACUGUUUCUGUUGCGCGACCACAUCUUUCUUCUAACGGAUCUCGUGACCGAUUGGGCUUCCGGACCACCAUCGGACUACUAUACAUUUGUGCCCUUCAUUUACAAUCUUGACCUUACCUUCUCAAACUUCCAGCUUUUCAUCAACGUGAAUGAUCGCAAUAUCAUCAGCAACCCCACUGAUUUGGACGACAACCGAUUUAUCGUGAUCAAAGGCAAGCAGCUGACGUCGAGCGUGAUGAUCCCAUUGGACAAAUACAAACCGGAUCAGAAUACAGUGGAGUUCAAGGUCGAUCUCGAGAACGGUGGCGUGGAUUUCCUGACACCCUUGUGGGAUACCCUGCAUACAUUUCUGCCUCAAAAGUCCAUGGCAACACUCGACAAUCUAUUCAUCGAUGGGUCUUACAAUUACUUUCAGUCCACAUCACCAGACCUGACAGAUACAUUGGUGCUCAAUGUUGAUGGAUCGUCUCCCCGACUUUACCUGUAUGGAUUCCUGAUAAAGAGCUUCAUGGCCAUCAAAGAGAAUUACUUUGGCGAUGAAAUGCACUUCAGAACCCUUGAAGAGUAUCAAGAGUUGGUUUACGCCGAUGAGCCGCCAGAAAAUCCCACAGGCAUCAAUCCAAACCGCAAAUCGAAUGAUAUGGACGUCUUGGUUCAUGUCACAGUUCGUGAUCCUUGUGCCCUGCUCCCCGAGACCAUCUACGACCACCUGAAAUGUCUGAGACUACGCGCUGCUUCCCUUGAGGCAGACUUGCGAUUCACGAACUAUUAUAUGGACCUCCAAUUGUCCAUCAGCCCACUCAAAGUGGACUUGCAGUCGACCCAGCCUGAAGGCUCCACGACCAUAUCUGGCACCCAAUUAUUCAUUGACGGCACUUCAGUCUAUGGACAUCGCCUGUUCGGAUUACCCCCUGCGGAGCCGAUCUACGUGUGCAACUGGGACUUCGACGUGGGAAGGAUCAUUGGUGAAUGCUCCACGGAAUUCCUGGCAUGUCUGAGUGCCUCUUUGAAGAGUUUUGAUUUUUCGUUUGACAACUGGGAGAACGGCCUCCCUCCAAUCAUCCCACCUGCUCUCCACGAUGUGACUUUUCUCAGAGCCAAGAUCCACUCGCUUCAUAUCUCUGUGCUGCUUGACGAAGUUUCCAUCAUAUUAAAUGCUCGGCCUUUGAACAUCAAGUUCAAUGAUUGGAUUAAUUCCAAGUUCUCCAAACGGUUGAGCGUUUCUGCCCCGGAUAUUUCAAUUGCGGCAGUUAACCGCCAGUCCGUGGCCCAGGCCAACAAUCGAUCAUCCGACCGAAAAGUCUCUCCUUUGGGACUUCUCCAACUGUCAGUGGCUUUCAAGAUGGCUCAACGGAAGUGGGAUAUUGGCGAGAGCCGAAGACUGCAACAAGAGCACAUUCAAGUUCAUGACCAACGGACCCAUAGGGCACAGUGGCUUCUUUUUGACUGGGAGGAAUUGGAAACAACUUCGCCACUUCCACAAAGCGACGAUAUCAAUCCGCCAACAAUGCACAUCCCAUCAAUGCCAGAACCCAUCCAUGGACGUGUUGGUCUUCCGAACACACCAUACCGAGGAAUUCAGCUCAAUGGCAGCUCUAAGAGCUUCCUGGUGCAUUCUGAGGCGUCUAGCCUCAAGAGUGUCAAGAUUAAGCGAACUGGUACUGCCGACCAUGCUACUAUCAAGCUGACGCCAGAUUCUGAACCCAGACAAAGGCCAGUAACCCCUCAUCGGGGCACCAGCAUGUCUACGCUGCAGGUCUACCGACUUCAUGACAACGAAUCUGGCUCUAGAGUAGGGUCUUACUCAUCUGCUGCGAUCAGGGAUGCCAAUCCUUGGAUUAUGCCACAAUUCUCCUACUACAAGCUUGCCUUGGACACAUCCGAACUUCCACUGCCAUACAAACCCGACGAGGAUCCUCCAACCGAUAAUGAGGCCAGAAACAACACAGAGUCGAUGUUCUUGACUUUCGAUGAUGACCAGACGACGCACACCAAUCUUGCAUUAGAGCUUCCGCUGGGCAUCAGAGGGUAUUGUACACCCCGAUUCCUUUUUAGCUUGGCUUCCUUGCUGGAUGAACUAGAGCCAAAACACCCAGUUCAAAUUAUCGACUCCUUACAGAAAGACGUGAUCUCGGAUAUUGUUGGGUAUGACAAGGCCAUGAGCCACCCGAAGAAGUUGACAGCCAUUGCCCUUCGUAUCCCUUCCAUACAACUGAGACUUGUUGACCUUUCGGAGUCCCCCAACAACAAGCGCAUCGAGUUCUCGGAUGAGUAUAGCAUUGAAGUCCGGCAUCUUCGAGCUGAAAUUCGUCGAAAGGUUCAGCGACAAAAACAUGAUUUGCUCGAAGGUCUCCAACAAGGUGUCACAGUCCAUGCGGAGGCUGAGCACCUCUCAGUUUUGGUGGAAGGUAGUCGAGCAGAUGCCUUCCAAGAGAAAGCUGUGUUCAAUUGUCAUUUGGGUGAUAUGAAUUUUUGGCUGGUCGCAAACCCCAACAUUCGGUCUCACCUUCACAUGCGAACCUUCAAUACAGUCACGUCUGCCAAGUCCGUGGAACGCCUGGCUUUUCUCGUCCGCCGAGCCACCACGAUGUUUGACUCUGUGGCAUCUUCCUUCCAGCAUAUUUCGUCUUUGAGCAAGACACGUCUGCAGUUUCUGAUCUACUUUGCUACGCAGUCGGCUGCUGGUAUAUCAGAUCCAAUUUUCCUGACUCGUAUCUCAUACGUCCUCAGAGUUGCUUCGAGUCAUUUGCGACAACAUGACUCGUGGAAGAUCCUCUCUCGCAUUCGCAACAUUUACAAGAACUUGCCCGUGCACCACAAGCGAGAGUUGGAUCGAGCUUGCUCAGGCGAUCAUCUGCCUUUGCCAGCUGAUGCGAAGACGACGGUGCUAUCUGGCUUCGACAAGUGGCGCGCCUGGGAUCUCGCUCAUGUUGAGAAGAGCUAUGUCAUGCGCAAAGUCUGGCCCACUAUGGAACCUCUCCGGAAAGUUGAAGAGCCGUCCAUAUUCUUCUCAUUAUCCAUCAAGACCUUCCGGUUUUCACUGGAUCCCGGGCCUCGAGAGAGCGAUCUUAUUCUCGAAAGCUUGUCGACCGUCACGACUUUUGACCCCAACAAAUUCACCCGAGAUGGUGACAAAGAACAGCGGAGAAAGCUUAUUAUCGUGCAAUCCUAUUGUGCCUCUGCUGCCGUGCGACUGCGAUGGGAAGUCUUGGAUCUAGUGGAAGGUGUCAUGAAGGUCAUGUCAACAGUCACGCUGGAGUCUGCGCUCGCCCAAAAUCCCAGCCACAGUGGUGAUGAAACAACACCCGUUGAAUUACAGGUUAUCUCCGGCACCGAUUUUGGGUCUGUUAGUCUUGACGGUAUCAACGUUAAAAUGGUCUUGGUGGGAAAGUCCCUUCGAGGGUCUUUGGUGCAUAGAUCGUUCAACGCUGAGAAGACGAAGACAGAAGAGCUAGCCUUGCUGUUAAGCGCCGGAACAUGCACAUCUGAACUCCUCAGUCAGAAUCGCAUCUUGAUGGUUUCAAAGAUUGCUGGUCCAUAUACCUACUUCUCACUCAUAUCGGAAGAGGAUGAGAUUGAGCGCAAGCGCGCAUUCCAGGCGGCUUGCUCAUGCAGAAUGCUUCGAUAUGACAUGAAGGAAGACCCUGUCAGCCUGGCACACACGGGAGACCGAAUCAUUGAAGAUGAAGUGAGAUACAUUCGACAGCUUGUGAAGAACGUCCAUAGGCCCAAGCCGCAAACCGAUAUGCCCCAGGUUCUGCUAAAGCCAAUCCGCGAUACCUUCCAUGUUGCAAUGUUCCUGGAUGACUAUCGGUUGAGCUUCACUUUUCUGCCGUCUUUGACCUACCUCGUGUCUGGUGAAGGUGUCCGAAUGUCCAUUCUGCCCACGGAAGGGUCCAAUAUCGAGGUUGAUUUCGACAUCAAGAAGAACUCUCACAUGUUCGUGUCUGGUGACAGUGACAAAUACAUUAAUACUUUGUCGGUUCUAGAGAUACCUCCUGUCAACGGCCGAAUCCUGCCCAAUUUCUCUUCUGGACACAAAGAAGUCGAAGUUGAAAUGACUAUCGAGCUCAUUCGCCUGGAAACAAGCGCCGUCCGAAGUCUUCUAAGUGUCCUGACCGGAUCCGAUGUUUCCCACAUGAUAUCGGAUCUCAAAAAGAAUGUCGACGUUCUUCAGGCACAUCUGGACGAUGUGUUGUCCUUGCAAAAGUCACCACCGGAGCUCCAAACAUCUGCCGAUGGCACCGAAAUUCUCUACAAAGCCCGUCUUACAAUGGCCGGAGUAGAGAUUCACGCCACGGCACCGGGUCUGAAAGGAAGAGAGUACUCGGCAGAGAUGCUUUUCCGCCUUGGAAUGAUGCGGAUGCGUCUCCAGAAUGGCUUGGAUCGGGGCUACUACAUGGAUUUCCCCGAGUUCAACAUCGACGCUUCUCAAAUCAGCCUCGAGCUGCGGAAACAGGAGAAGCGAAGAACACAAGCGUAUGGCGGCUUCUCCGCUGGUGUCAAACUACUGGGAACAUCUACCGUCCGUGAAAAUGGCGAGGUGAUACGGUCCUAUCAAUUAAGCAGCGACAAUUUCGAUGUCGAGCUUUUCGCCGAAACAGCUGCGCUUGUGGUGGAUAUUGCUAUCUACACUCAAGAGCGUAUCAAGACGCUUGACCUGUCUCAUGAAGUUGAACGUCUCAAACGACUUCGGCACCGCGGCCCUCCCGAGGCGAAAGAAAAGCCUGUAGAGGCACCUGAAAUUCAUGUCAAUGAUGAUGACUCGGCUCCGCAGCCCUUCCUCAAUGCCAUGUUCUCCCUCCAAUUCCUCAAUAUCCAAGUUGCGUGGAACAUGACAACUUCAUCCCCUGCACCUGGUCGCCGGCCAGAAGAUCUCAUCUUUUCAAUCCAACGAGUUGAACUGUCCAAUAAGAAAAAGAACUCCGCCAAACUUCGGAUCGAGAACAUGCAAGUUCAAAUGGUACCAUUUGGUGCAGACAGGAGGAAGCGCUCGCUCAACUCGGCCUUAAUGCCUGAAGUGAUAUUCAAUGUGGCCUACUAUUCCCAUGGAAAGGAACUGUGGCUCGCAUUUCAGGCUGCGGGCAAAGCGUUGGACAUUCGUGCGACAUCUGAAUUUAUCAUUCCGGGCAACAUGAUCCGAGAAUCGAUUGCAUCUGCUAUCAAGGCCUUGCGGGAAGGCAGAGAGACCUCUGCCGCAAAUCCCUCUGUUGACACCAACAACGAAAAAGAGCGUAAUCUUUUCGGCAAUAUGCGCCUUCGAUCCGUUUUGGUUGACGUUGACUUCGCCGGUGCCACUGUCUCUCUUCAGGGCAAGAACGGAGACUACGAACAAACACUGUUGACAACGGCUUUGAAGGGUAGCCGACUCUCUGAAGCAAGAUAUGGCCAAUAUGUCCGGGGCGACGCUGCUACCACUGCCACCCUCCGGUCUCCUGGUGUGGCGUUGAAGGUUCAGUUUGAGGACAACGGGACCGAUGGCCCGGCACUCAACGCCGAGUUAAAGAUUGAGCCGUCCACAAAUGUCUUGUACCCGACUCUUGUCCCUCUGGUCAGACAAAUAACCGCCACGGUCAAGGAGGUCAUGGGAGGCGAACACGACCAGCCCGGGCGGUCAUCCGCCACGACCAAGUCACAGCCACAGAAACUGAUGGAAGAGACACCUUUCAGCGCUCGAGAUCCGAACACAAUUCUUGGUCGCUGCAGGCUGAAUAUGGGAGUGCUCUUCUGCAAGCAGGAGUUCAGUUUGAGCUGUCAGCCUAUUGCAAGGGUGGCGGCCACAACCAAGUUUGACAGCGUUUAUGUGACCGUCAACACGAUGCAGUCCAAGGAGCAAGGACGGUUUGUCGCCCUGUCUCUGGCAUUCAACGGCCUGGAAACGUCAGUGAAGCACGUGUAUUCCAACGAGCCCACCGCAAGCUUUGAAGUCCAGUCCAUGGUUUUGUCCCUCAUGAACAGCAAGCACCUCGGCCGUACAAGCGGGAUGUCUGCCAUCCUGCGAGUCAGCCCGAUGAAAGUUUCUCUCAAUGCCAAACAGGUACAGGAUUCUCUACUGUUCCGGGAGAUCUGGUUUCCAUCCGACGAUAAACCUAGUGCCAGCUCGCCGCCCCCGCCAACGCCGUCCGAGACUCAGACCUACAUUGUACAACGAUACCAGCAGGUCGCCGCCGCGUCGGUAUUUCCCUGGAAUACGACCAUCGCUAUUGAGAAGCUGGAGAUCCAGCUUGACCUGGGCUCAACAUUGGGCAGGGCGCAGUUUGCGAUCAACAACCUGUGGGUGUCGUCCAACAAGACUUCAGAUAACGAGCAGUCGAUGUGCAUCAACUUUGAUAAGAUCGCUAUUGAAAGCAAGGGCCGCAUGAGUGGCAGUGUCGAGCUGCGUACCCUCAAGGUCCAUACAUCUAUCGAGUGGCCAGAGGAUAGUCGCGAUGCUGGGCAUACCCCGCUGAUCCAGGCCUCAAUUGCCUUCCAUCAUCUCCAGACCAAGGUGUCGUUUGACUACCAGCCUUUCCUGGUUGCGCACAUUGCCAUGUUUGACUUCCUGAUGUACAACGUGCGGGGCGCCUCCGGCGAGCAGAAUCAGCGACUCUUCAGCAUCCUGGAAGGAGACGAGGUCCAGGCCUUCUGCACGUCUCUGACGGCCUCACAGGCUCUUGCAUUCUACCAAGCAUGGCAGCGUCUGGUCCAAGACAAGCAAGCGGCGUACCAGGCGUCGCUGCGUGAAAUGGAACGAUAUCUUCGGCGCAAAUCUUCCUCUGGCGUUAGCCACAUCGACAUCCCCGCCAAGGCUCUGGCCAAGAAGGACAAAGACGACGCAUUCACUGCGCCUCUUUCACUGCAUACCGGGGUCGUUGUCAACAUCCGUUACGUCAACAUCGGAGCGUUCCCCAGCUCGUUUAUUGACAAUCAGAUCUUCAAACUGGAGGCCCAUGACGCCCAGGCUCGGUUUGCCGUCUCCCUCCGAUCCGGCAAGCUCCACAGUGCCCUGGGCCUGACGCUGGGCCAGCUCCGCGUCGCUCUCUCCGCCAUCAGCCGCCCCAGCUCCGCGCAACUCGAAGACUUGUCCGUGGACGAGAUCGCCCAGCGCGCCGCCGGGUCCCGGGGCGGCACGAUCCUCAAGGUCCCCCGGCUGGUGGCCAGCAUGGAGACGUGGCAGGUGCCUGGCACGCAACAGAUCGAGUACAUCUUCCGCAGCACGUUCGAGGGCAAGGUGGAUGUGGGCUGGAACUACUCGCGCAUCAGCUUCAUCCGGGAUAUGUGGGAGACGCACACGCGGGCCCUAGCCACGCGCCUCGGCAAGCCGCUGCCUCCGUCGGCCGUGCAGAUUACUGGUGGUCCCGGGCGCAGUGCCGAGGGUGGCGAUGCCGGUCCCGAGCAACAGGAGAAGAUCACGGCGGUGGUCCAUGUGCCGCAGUCCAAGUACAGCUACACGGCGCUUGAGCCGCCGGUUAUUGAGACGCCGCAGCUCCGGGAUAUGGGCGAGGCUACACCGCCGCUGGAGUGGAUUGGGCUGCAUCGAGAUAAGCUGCCCAAUGUCACGCAUCAGAUCAUUAUUGUGCCGUUGCUGGAGAUUGCGAAGGAGGUGGAGGAUGCGUAUGGGCGGAUCCUGGGGGCGUGA